UUCAAAACUUGAGAAGUUUCAUUAGUUUCCUUUUGUUAGUUUCUCCUUCUCUAGUGUCCAGCCGCAUGAGCGACGAAGAGGCCCAGUUGGACAGCAUAGCAGCGCAGGUUUCAAGAAUGGCACAAACAGCCGACUUGAUAAAUCGUGAAGUAGACGAACAAACGAAAUUGCUAGGAAGCAUAGGUAAUCAAGUACAAACUGCUGGAGAAUUGACACACACGACAUUAAGACAAGUCAAAGAUACAGGAAAGAACUCAGAGCAGAGAACGAUAAUUAUUUGCUUCCUCACAAUAUUUCUUAUAUCUGUCUUGAUUUUUUUGUUUCUAAAAUUUUACUAAUCAUAAAAAGGUUAAGACACACAAACGCCGUUGAGGUAAACCAAACAACUCAAUCUUAGCAACGCGGAUUUAAAAGAAAUUGUAAUAAUUAAUUUUUAAUUAGUACAAAAGGAGAGAGCAUGAGCACUGGUUGACUGACUAGGCAAGUUGUAGCCUCAGCUAGAGAGGCCGUAAUUGAAAAAAUUAACUUUGGGUUAUUAAAUUUUCGAAGACUGCUCAAUUUUUUAACUUAUCAUAGUUUUUUAAAGUGGAACUAUUUUUUUAAUUAUAUAUUAAAAUUAAAUGACAAUUAUCAAAUUUUUUAGUUGUUGAUGAUCAUCAUCUUAGUAGAAUUUCUAUCUUGAUAAGUCUUUAAAUUUUUAAUUAUUAUAUAUAAAAUUUCUUGUGUGAUU